GGGUUCGAUAUUCGAAGAAUUCACAGAAGUUUUGAUUUGCAACUUUUUGGAAAAGAAAAUUGUAAUCGUUUAUCAUUUUAUUGAGCGCAAUAGAUUCAGAAGCCCAUGUGUCUUUGAGAAUGUCAGGAGGGGAGGAUGUCGCCGCCCGAGCUCGAGCCGUUACAGAGAGGUUCCAGUUUGGGCCAUGGGACAUCGUAUCAGUCAAAAGUCACAUCCUGAAAUCAGAGGGACCCUCCAGAGAGAGGUUUGAGUCCCAGCUGGAAUUGCCUCAGGUCCCGGAGAUGAUCUUUGCUGAUAAUGUUUUACGGAUGGUGCAUUCUGAUGGUUAUGGGAUAGAGUUCAAUGCUUUAGAUGCAUUGAAGGGAGUGGAUGCUCAUUAUGAUCCUCUGAAAGUGGCUGUUUCUCAAGCUUGGAGGGAGGCAAGGGCGGACUGUGAACACAUUAAUGAUGUGGUGAAACCAUUUGAUUGGACAUAUACCACAGACUAUAAAGGGACUCUCAUCGGAAAGCCGGGAAAAGGCAUCACAGUGUCAGAAACAACGGAGAGAAUUGAUAUUGAAAAGCUGAAGGUAAGGGAGAAGAUCCUGUUUUAUGAAGAUAUGCUGCUGUUUGAAGAUGAGCUUGCUGAUAAUGGAACAUCAGUUCUUAAUGCCAGAAUGAGAGUGAUGCCAUCUGGUUUCUUUGUCUUGAUAAGAUUCUUCAUGAGAGUGGACAACGUCAUGAUUAGAGUCAAUGACACAAGACUGCAUUACGAGGUGGGGAAGAAGUACAUGUUACGAGAAUUCACAAGCAAAGAUGACCAAGUCAAAGAUAUCAAGGCAUCGCCUCACGUCUUAACGAAUCCAAAUGAGGUUGCAAAUCACCUGACACUGAGGAAGGAAGUGUGUGAAAAGUUACUAUUCCCAGAGACUUCUAGUGAUGAUAGAAGCUAGUAGUGGUUCAAUUUUAUAACAGCUUGAUGAAUAACAGACCGUUAGGAAUUAAAGGAAAAGUUUUUGACAGUGAUCUAGCUGUAUUUAAAAAAAAUCUGAAAAGUUUUUAAUCAAGGCUUACAUGUAGUUUAAUUUGUCAGAUGCCGGUAUUAAUUAAGCAGAAAAGAAAUCUGGAUGUAUUGUAUAGUUAGAGAUUCGCAUCACUGUGUAAUGUUAAUGUAUAUUUUUUUUAAAGAAGCGAUAUUGGUGUCUCUUAUUUUACAAGAGUUCUCUCAAAAUGUUACAUAACAAAUGAGCUAGUUUAGAAAUUAUUAGUAUAAUUUCAGUUGAAUGAAUUUUAGCGAACAUAAAAAUCUUCAUCCAGUAUGAAGUACUAGUAUUCAUUCAUGUAUACAUGUCAACUGUUAUCUCGAGUAUAGUGAAAUGAUGUCGUGUGAAUGAUGUUCUGAAAUGAAACCAUUACAGUGGAUUACUAUUAUUUUAAUAGAGUUAACACUGAUUUAUAUGUCGUAUUUUAACUGUAAGAAUAUUGGAGUCUCUUUUAUGGUGUGCGAGGAAACUAUUCUUACCUGAAAAACCACUGAGAUGUGUUGUUGGGAUAUUAAAUUGUAAAAGUCAGCUAAAAAA